AUGGCGUCCUCGAUCACCAGACCUCAGGUGUCAUUGUAUAAACCGACAAAUGAUGAGUUUAGUGUAAGAUAUGGAAGCACAUAUUUACCUGCAGGAAAAAAUGCAGAAGUUUCCAAUAUAAUUUGUAAUCAGGAUGAUGAUGUAGCCAUUUUGCAAUUGAACAAUCCGAUGCAACCUUCAGAAAAUUGGGCUGUAGCGACAUUAGCACAAAAUUCGACUCCUUCAACAAAAAAAACUGCCACGAUUGUGGGUUGGGGAAGCACAGAACAAAAUGGUCCUAUAACAUACCAACUACGAGAAUUGACUGUUGAAAUUUACCCCAAGUGUUGGCCAAGAACCAUCUGUUUUGGAUCGCUGCAAGGGGGGCUAUGUAAAGGUGAUUCUGGUUCCCCUGUAAUGAUGGAUAAUACAGUCAUAGGAGUGAACAGUUUUAUAACAUCCCUUAAUUGUGAGAGUUCAAGUGUUAAAAACCCCAAUGGAGCUGUUGAUAUAUCAAAAAUUUACCCCUGGAUAUUCAAAAAUAUAUAAUAUAAUUAUUUUUUUUAUUAAUUUUA